GGAUGCCUAAUAGGUCUAAUAUAACAUGUUAAUGACACUUUUAAGCUCUCACUUAGAUGGUUGAGAAAUUGUAUUUAUAUUUCACAGGCGUCACCUAUAGAGACUGGCACCAACACCAGCCAGGACGAGGGCUCAGUUAUGGAUCUGAGCAAGGAGGAUGAGCAAGACCUUAAGGAGGAAUCUGGCACUACCACCUGCCAGCCCAAGAUCUCCCGAAGAAAGCGAGUGGAACCUCCGACCAACGAGGGGAAUAACACCAUCUCACUCGCUAAGAAAUACCCAGAGCCCGGGAGAUAUUUCAAAUUGGGGGAACAAAUUGGAGAGGACCCCAACGGAGUGAUUUACAAUGGAUGGCACCGAAGCAGACGAGUGGAGGUCGCCAUUGUAAUCAUAAAAGAUCAAGAGAAGCAAAAAGGAAUCCAAACAGAACUUGAUGUCCUUGAAAUGGUGUCUGGCCAUGAAAACAUCGUGGAUUUCUAUGGGGCUUAUUACCAUCAGGCCCCACGGACACCAUCACUCCCUGAAGGACUAUGGAUUGCUACUGAGUUCAUCACUGGUGCCACGCUACAAGACCUCAUUGGCACCAGAAAGACCUUAGGAGAAAGGUGGAUCUCCUACAUUUGCAAACAAAUAAUAACGGGCCUUUUCCACCUGCAGAAAAAGAAUGUCAUCCACCAUGACAUUAAGCCCGGAAACAUCUUAAUCACCUCCUUCGGAGAGGUGAAGAUUGGCGAAUUUGGCUUCGCCACAUUUGGAGGAAAGAGCAGCAGUACUUCUGGGACUAUAACAUACUCGGCCCCAGAAGUACUGGCUAAUUUUAGCAACACGCAGCUUGAGUAUGACCAUAAGGCUGACAUCUGGUCACUCGGCAUUGCUGCCAUUGAAAUGGCGGAGGGAGAUCUCUCAUUCAGCAAACUCUCACAACAGAAGCUGAUUGAGAAGCUAACACGCGGUCCCGCGCCAUCAUUAACACCAUGGGGAAAAUGGAGCGACGAGUUCCGUUUCUUCAUUUCUGAGUGCCUGCAGACAGAUCCAUCGAGAAGACCUUCUGCAAGGCAACUUCUGUCGCAUCCCUUUAUUGGAGAGAUCAGGGGUGAAAGGGGUGUGCAGAAGAACAUUGCCCAACAGCUGCACCGAGGUAAGGGAAACUGCUCAUUCUCAUUAUAGUUCACACGAUGCAUUGACUAUAACUGUCUACUGCUCCCGUUCAUACAAAUAUUCUCUUGCCUUCCUACAUACAAAUUCAUUCAACACUAAAUCCACCAAUAAUAAAGACUUGUAUUAGGGCAGAGGUCACUAAACUGGGCUAAAGGCCCCCAUACACGGGCCGAUUGUAGCUGC